CGAUCAAAGUGUUGCUUCAUUUAUGUUUAUCUGAUAAUAUAUUUUAAGUCAACGUCCAUACUAAAUGUCUUUAUGACAAAAGAUGUGUCAUUGACUAUUAGGAGGUUAUCAAUUCCAAACUUUGAUUGUCAGUGUGAAUACUUUUUCUUUGGUCAUCAUGCCAAAAAUUUGUUGUAUGAACUAUACCACUGCAGUAACGUAUUUUGUUGAUAAUUGCGUGGAAUAUCAGAGUGUUAAAUGCGUAGUUAAUUAUUUCAGUCAAUUAUGGAACCACAUGAAAGAAGGAAAUGUAAAAGGAAGAAGGAAAAUGCAGGACCUCUAGAAAGUGAGGCGAAAUCAAAAUCAAGAAAAAAACACAAAUGUUGUCGUAAAAAAGAGCGUCCAGUAACUUGGUGCGAUUCUUCCUCUUCUUCGUCUUCUUCAUCUUCUUCUACUGAAGAGGUAAUUAGUAGAAGAAAAAAAUCGGAAUGUUGUAAACCCUGUUGCUGCUGUUACGAUAAACAGGGCGUAGUCGACUAUACCCAAAUAUUGCAACCAUAUAAAAAGGAUAUUCAAGAAUGUCUAAAAGAGUUGCUCGAAAAAAUUCAUAGGGUAGCUUGUGAAUAUUCCUCUAGCACUUGUUCAAUCGAAACCACUUGUUCAUCUUCAUCUACGCCUACGCCACCGUCAACUCUUGCGUCAACUCCUGCGUCAACUCCUGCGUCAACUCCUGCGUCAACUCCUGUGACUAACGUUCAAAAGGAGGAAACUCCCGAGAAAACAACAAUUUCACAAAACCUACCAAGCGAUAAUGAUUUUAUUGAAAUCUACCAAAAGAUUUCAAUCGAAGUAAUACAGCCAUCUGUAACAAAUAUAUCGAGUGAAGAUUCUAGUUUAAAUUCCGGAUCGGGCGAAUCCUCCGGCGAACCUACAAUAGUUGGAUCAUCAUCAAUAAAUCACGUCCUAACUGUUCCAAGGAAACGAAAACGAACAUCUAGCGAUUUUGCCCGUCGUUCUGAUUCGUCCCAAUUAAAAAAUAAACGAAAGCGUACCUCAAAACAAAGCACACGUUCGUCUAAAUCGAUUGUUCGGUCUCGAAUAACCUCCGUUGAACAAAAACGAAAGUCUAAUGAUGAUGAAUCUCAGACCAAUUCUACAAAAUCUGGUAGUAAGAACCCAGUAGAAAACAAGCAUUCUUUCCAAUCGAUAAAUCAUUCUAUAGAAAAUAACAGGAAAUAUAGUGAAAAAGGUAGACGUACUAUAGAAUCAGCUGAUCAAGAUCCACCUGAUUCACCUAAACAGUUUACUGAACUCGAUAAUUACCAAUCUCCAUACCCUAUUUAUGUACAAAACAGGUGCACCAACACUGAUAAUAAUGAAACUGAAAGUGUACCAAUAAAAUACAGAUACAUGUCUCAUCAAGAAAUUCAAACUGUAGACCUCAAUGAACAUAGCAAAGAUACCGAAAAUGUUGAACGUAGGUCCGUGUCAAAUCAAAAAAUACAAACUCCUAAUUCGUGGAAGGAUAAUAAAAGUCCUGACAAUGUUUCCAUAAAGAGCAAAUGCAAAUCGUCCUAUAAGAAAACGCAAACCGAAAAAGUAUCAUUGAAAAGUAAAGGUACAAACUCUACUCUUUUAAAUAAAGUUGUUCCAUUAGAUGUCGUACAUGAGGAGCAAAAGCAAGUCCACGAAGAGAUUCCGCAGUGGUGCGAUCGCAAUAAUUCAAAAACCACUGAAUGUCAAAAUUUUGGUCAAAUGUUUCCUGAAUCUGAAACCAGUAAAAGCAAUGGUAUGAAAACUUCAACCAAAAUGUUUAAUCCAGUAAUUGAUUCUUCCCACGAUCCUGACAAAAAAGAUGAUCAAGAAGAGUUUUUAAUGAAUUAUGAUCCUGAAAACAAUUCCGCUCUAGUGAACUAUGGAAACGCGGUAUCUGGUGCGAACGAAACUAAAAGAAUUUCUUAUUUACAAAAUGAUAAUGAUAAAAGAGGCAAGAAAAAUAUUUCUCACUGGAAAGCAAAGAAAGAUGACGAUAAAAAUCCCGAUCAUAUUUCAUGGUAUGAGGUGGAAGGUAGUGAUCUGUACCAUCAUAAUGUCGAAAAACAGCAUCGUUAUUGCAAUUACAACGACGCUUCUAUAGUUACUGGGACCACUCCUUGCUCUGUAUCUGAUACAAUCGUUCACGAAGGUCCCUUUGAUUUACCUAAAACUCCAAAACAGCAUCAUUCUCGUUAUACUUCUGAACGUAGAAAUCGGCAUGAUUUUGACGAUUCAUACAGAGAAAAACAUUCAAAUGAUAUACAUGGAAGACAUACAAAAAAUCAGGAUCAUUGUAGAAAUCCCAAUGCGAGAACCUCAAUUGAGAACAGUAGGGGCAGUGAUUCAGAUUGUGCAUGCAAAUACCAAACCCCUGCUUGUUGUUCUUCUUGUCCCGCUUGUGAUGAUGAUUCUCGUGAUACAAUUUCCAUAAGAAGUGAGCACAGGCGUAUCACUCAUAGAAGUCACACUCCUCAGUUACCUGCUACAACGGCAGCUCCACCCAAAGUAAUUCAGAGACGUUCCACCACCAUACGUCGUCGUCACGAUGGAUCUGGUAAAGCGUCUUCUCUUGGCGAUAGAAUAGGCACUGAUUAUAGAAUUGAAAGUCCUGGUCAAAAGGGUCACACCGCUAAAAUUAGUCAUGAGGUUUAUCACCAAUAUAGUAAACCUUCUCCGAAAGGGAGUAUGGGGAAUGACGGUAGCCUUUCUGCCACUACUGUUGAAAGGUUAGUUGUUGAAAAAGAUAACGAACGUCAUGAAACUAUUUUCCACAAUCCUAACGAUCUGAAAUCCAUUCGACAUUCAUUUAAAGACGAAGAAAAGAAAUUGGAAAUGGAUGCCAUGGAGCUUCUGAAUAAAUUAAAGAAAAGGCAUCUAGUUGAUAAUUUAUCUAAUCGUCAUUCUCACAGUAAUACACCAAGUGCACGACAUAGUAACGACUCGUAUUAUCAGUCUGGGCCCAAAAGUCGUGAAUACAAGAAAUACGAAGAUCUCAGUAACAGUAGCGGUUUCUUCACGUCUAAACGCGAGGAGCCUUACUUCGAUCAUUACGAUGGGGAAAAUUAUACACAUUCAAGACGUGGUCAGAAUUAUUUUGAUGAUAAUGAUUCACUCACAAGCCGCAGUACACCCAAGCAUUACUCUCACGAUCAUUAUGAUGAUAAAAGUUAUGAUGACAGAACGUCUUCUAGAAGUAAUCGUUCUGAUGGUCAUUCUGGUAGUGGAAGACGCAAGAGCCAUAAUAAAAAUGGACAAAAUUCUUAUAGUCACAGUUACCAGAAACAUGAUGAUGCUCAUAAUAAUUCCCGUGAUCCUAGUGAGUUGGAAUAUAGAAAUCAUCAUGGUGAUGCAGCUUCUGUUGCAAGUCGUCGGUCACGCAAACAUAACGAUAAUCACCAUCGACAUGGUAAACACGGUCACCAUGAUGAUAAGCUUUCCGUCACUAGCGAACACAUGCACUCAACCCAUAAGAGACGCAAGCCAAGAAGAAAACGCAAAUGUUGUUGCACAAAAUGCACCAAGGAGGCCACAAAGCCGACAUGUAACAAUGAAAAUCUCGAAGAGGUGACAAUAACACUAAAGAAGUGUUGCUGCGGAAAUGUGGAUGGUGAUCAUUAUAAACUAAUAACUCAUGGCUUAGAUACAAAACAGGAAAGCAAAUGUUCCGGCGAUGAAGCGAGAAUGCAAUUCUUUCAAAAGUUGGCAUCGGUGGGAGCGAAACGUUGUCAAAUUUACAACCGUCUCCUGACUCAAAUGGCACAAUUGCAAGCUGCACAAGUAAGAAUUUUGGAAUCGCUCAGUUCCAGUUGUGAAUCCGGGAAUCAGAACAUGCUACACCAAGCAAAGUCCGCUAUUGAACUGUUGAACAAUUUGGAACAGAUGAAGAAUGGACAAUGCAGUUGUCGCGCAAGUUUAAAUAUGAAUAAUACCCUGCGUUGUCACGUUUACACGAAACUUUUAAACAUCGUAGAAAGUUUGGCGAGACCAAGAACUAAUUGUUGUCAGCAACCGUGCAACAGGUCCAGUUAUUCGCACUGCAUCCUUGACGAAAUGAAGAAAACACUGAAUGAACUGAUCCAGUUGGAUAGCGAGGACAAUUGCAAGUGUGAAACGUCAUUCUCGUGUGAUGGCGGAAAUGCUUUCCCACAAUGUCUGCCGAUUUGCCCACAGGAGCACUACGUUUGUUGUCCAUGUAUAGAUACAUCGUGGGGAAAUGCCGUUGGAGAACUCAAGAGAACAAUCGCGGAACUGGACAGGUUGGAAAGGACUGAAAAUGAAAUCCGAAAUUCUUCGUGCCCGUGCUGCUGCAAGAAACGCAAGCCAAUUGCAUACGAUUUAAUAUUAAAGAACUCUAAGUUCAAUAUUCAAAAUUCUUCAGAAAAGGCUGCUUGUAACAACGGCUUUAUACAAAACGGAUGCAGCUGUUGUUACGAAUACGAACAGCAUAUGACUGGCAAGAGGAGCAAAACUCUUCAAGACUAUCUACGAUCUGCCAGACCAGACUUCAUAAACUCCGCUGACGAGAGAAUGAAAUAUUUUCAGAGAUUAGGAGAACUUAGGAGAGAACAGUUCGAGGGUUUUGCAGAAUUGCUCAAUUUAUUGGGGAAUUUGCAAACGAGCGCGAACAUCAAUCAGCGAGAUGCAAGAGUCAAACCUUGUAUACACCCUGAAGCUGUUGAAAAUAAAUACUUCGGACCAUCGAACUUGAAUUGUGGACAAAAUGCUGUAGAUGAAAAAGAAAGAUGUAUCAAUAGAAUAAUGUUGAACUUAUUUAACAAAACAAUACAACGUUUGGCGUUGAAAGGUAAAACAAAUAUUGCGAUGGAUAAAAGUGUUUUACAAUACACUUAAGCAAAUAUGUACAUUGUUAAUGUGAAGUUCUUUAUUUUACAUAUACUAAAUAAUAAAAAGCAAUAAA